AUGGUAUACUUAAUUAAAAUUGCCGUGUGUGUUAAAUUAGGAAUCAUUUUCAGCAGCUGUGCCUUAUUGAUUGCAUUAGCACUGAUUCGAAAAAUAUAUAACUGAUAGCUGAAUGGACACAUCGAAAAAUAGGUAGAUCCUUAUAACAUUGUUUUCGUUUUGACCCUAGCAGAACUCAUAUUUUUCUAGCUCUAGGAAAUUGUUCCCCACGAGAUAUGUGGUCGAAAUGCUCGUCGCCUUAAAAAAAUGUUUCAGAUCUUAUAGAGGUUUAAGUAAGCCCUAUAACCUUUUUUGUGCUAUUGAUAUAGCUUUUAAUUUUACGCGAAUAGUCAGCUUAGAUACCCAUCUUAAGCUUUCGUUUGCCGCGUUUUAUGUCACGAACAGCCCAGCUAAAAAUCUGACAUUGCUUAAUUCAUACAGGUUUUCAAGGUUCGCGAUUCAUCAUCAGCUGAAACUCAAGAUGGCCAGAAGGUUGCUGAUAGCAUCCUAAAUUAUUUCUCUGGUUUUGAGGCGUUUCAAUUACCUUCUCCCACUUGUGACAAAGAGCUGCUGAAGAAUAUCAACGAUAACAAAAGUCAAAUAAAUCCUUCUUUUAUCCGUGAAUUAGAUCAAUUCAAACGGAUGCUGGGAAAUAUUCUGACCCCUAAAAAGAGCUUUAAUGAAGGAGAGCUGGUUACUGGAGAAGGUACAGAUUUUUUUCGUAAUUUGAGAAGAGGAGGACACCAGCCUCAUUUACUAUAGAAAUAAGAUGUAUGAUAUGCAAGUUUCUAGUCGAUAUCAGUUUCUUUCACUACAUAGGAAAAGACAGGGGGUCCUUCAGACUUCGCUUUUUUUCAAAAUAUUUAUCUUAGAGAAAAAUUGUUUUUCCGGCUCACGUUGCAAGUUCUAAUGUUUCUGUCGCUAUUAGGCAGAAAACACUCUACGGAAUAUUGUUAUUGCUGGCGAGCAAAAGUGAGCCCGCAGACUAUUCAUGGUUAGAGGCACUUUUUAAACUGUAUAAGGAAGUUUUUUCAAAAUCCGUCCACAUUCUCGGAAUGCCCGUAUUGUACCAACUAAAAAGCGUUGUAUGCGACCAGGAAGGCCCUGGUGUUGACACAGGAACUUAAAGGGCUUUUUCUUACUCACAUACACAAAUAUGAAAGCCAUUGUCAUUAAUCACGUUUUAAACUUACAUGUUCGCGCACACUUUCUAACUAUCCUUUACUGAUAGUAUUAUUGCUUAUGUCAUUUCCUUCCGUUCUUGAAUGUAAGUGACCGGUAUCUAGAAUAAUCGGGCCUUGCAUCGAACAUUUUUAUUUCGUUUUACUAGCUGUCAGAGAACCACUCAUCUCCAUUAGAAAUGCACGCAAUGACAAAAAUGCGUAUUUGGCAAAAAAUUGCCAGAGGGUUGGCGAAAACUUAAAAGAGAUUUCAAGGGGUGUGUCUUGUAAAGUAGCGAAGUUGACGCUGGAAAAUAGCGAAUCUGGCAAAAAUUUGCCAUGCGUUUGGCCAAAGGCUUAGCGAAAAUUUAAAAGAGAUUACAAGAGGAACUCCAUGUAAGGUGGCGAAGUUGAUGAGAGUGGCAAAUAUCACAAAAGUGCCCAGAUAUGGUGUAUGUAUGUCCCGUUGUUCAAACAUGUCUCCAAGUAUUGCCAGGAUCUAGAAUUCAUGCUUCAGUUUACAAGGGCCAUUUUGAAACAAGUGAUAUUGCUAUUUUUGUUGCAUAUAAAGUAGAAAUACUGUUAAUAGUCCCAACGCAAUUUUUGGCCCAACUUGUGUCUGAUUAUGGCCAGGAUCAUGUGUUUAUCACUUUCCAAUUGCCAAAUAAUAUGUACAAGAGUCAAAUAACAUUGUGACCUCCAUCUGAGACUACACAACUCAAUUGUUACCAAUAUGCUGCUAUAACAUUACAAGACACUUCCGUUAUUGGUUCACUGCAUUAAUUAAUCUUGGAGUUUUCACUCUUAAAUCAAUACACUUACACUUUCUGUAGACAUCACGUUCCAAAAUAUCCCAGAAUUACAAAAAAAUGCAUGUCAUUUUCAAAAAAGGUUUUUUUUUCAAAUUAUCCGUUCAUGGAUUCAUGACCUGGGCACUACUCGUCGAACCUCGUCACCAGGACCUAGAGUUAGCCCGCGAGCAAGUUCUCCAGGGCGCCCCUCGUUAGAGAGCCCUGGAGAGCUAUAUCAUUGACCUGUUAUAAUGACACUGGCGAAUUUUCACCAAAUUCCACAUUUCCUUCAAAAUCGCCACUUUGAAAGAAGCCCUUUGCAGUAUCAUUAUAUUUGACUUUCGGCGAAUGUCUGCGAUAUUCAUAUUUUUGCCAAAUUCGUAAUUGCAACUCUCAUAGGAACCAUUUGUUAUCUCGUUCGACUUUUUGCUGACUUUUUGGCGAAUUUUUGCCAUUGUGGCAGUUUUCGCCAAAUUCGCCAUUUUCUUCAAAAUUGCCAUUCUCAAAGGGGACCCAAGAUCGUUUUAUUUGACUUUUUACAAAAGCUUUGGCGAACUUUCGCCAUUUUUGUUAAAAUUGCUACUUUUUUAGGGGCUCCUCUGCCAUCUUAUUUGACUUGUAGCUAACGUUUUAGCGAAUGUUCGCCAAUUUCGUUGAGGGGUACAAUUUGCCACCAAAAGGACCCCUUUGCCAUCUCAUUUGAAUUUUUGAUAAGACUUUGGCGAAUGUUCGCUCUAUUCGCCAAAAUCGCCACUCUCAAAGGGGACCCUUUGCUACCUAAUAAGAAUAUUCACCAAACUUUAGCGAAUUUUCUCCAUUUCCUUUUUUUCCCGGGUAAAGUACAAACUAAUUUAAUGUCCAGUUCCUAGGUUGCUUGCUAGCUCAAUUAGCAAGAGCACCGCACUCAAUUUUUUCAGGCUUUCUCAGUUUCGGAACUGCAUGAGUUGCAUAUUAAAAUUUGAUGAUCGUCACUGCAUUUAUAGUUCUUACUGUCGUUUUCCAGGUCUCGCUGCACGAGUUCAGUUGUACGUUGAAGCACUCAAUAGUCCAGGGGUAAUUCCUAAUAUUCAGAAUGCCUGGGAAACCUUUGUGGAGAGAAAGUGUUUCGAGGCUAUAAGAGGGGCUGUGAAUAAAUACGAAGAUGUUAUGAAGUCAAACCUGAAAAACCAACGUCCUUGUGGUAAUGAUGAAUUGCGCAAGUUCCAUGGGACUGCAUUAGAAAAAGGUGAAGGCUACUUCAUGACAGAAACGGUGGGAAUUUCAACUAGCACCACGGAGAAUUACCUAAACAAACUGAAGGUUGGUAUAAAAUAAAGUAGUUGUCAAUAGCAAGAAUUGGGUAGGGUAGAGGGGUAAAAAAUGUAAAAAAAAAAAAAAAUUGUAAAGUGAUUUUUUACCAACGAAGCACUUAAGAGUUUAUAUGAACUCGUUUAAACGUGUCCGUGCUUUCCAGAUCGAAUUGGAAUUUGGAAGUGUUGGUUUUUGAGGAGAGGGGAAAACCGGAGUACCCGGAGAAAAACCUCUCGGAGCAAGGGAGAGAACCAACAACAAACUCAACCCCCAUAUGGCGUCGACGCCAGGAUUUGAACCCGGGCCACAUCGGUGGGAGGCGAGUGCUCUCACCACUGUGCCACCCUUGCUUCCAGGGGUGUGAAGAAACAUGACGAUAGCUGAGCUUGUUACGCAAGAACCAAGAGGGGAUAAAGGGGACAGAGGAGGCAUCCCCCAUACACACCCCAUAACAUAGGUAAUUCGUCUCGAGUUAUUUUUAGAAUCGGGAUAAAGUUACCUCGCGUGCUGCGUGGAUGUUUCGUGGAGGUUUCGCAUGACUAAACGCCGUGCAAAACAUGUCGAGCGAAAGGCAAUGAAAGCGUAAAGAGAUCGAGAGCAUUUCUGAAUACUGAAGCGAAAUAAGUCGGCGCUCACUUGGGUUAAGGGAAUCGUUGGACUCUUUGACAACCCCUGAAAUCAGUUUAACUCGAAGUUGUCGUAACCUCAGUGCUUUAAUAUAAGGAGAAAUUUCGCCGGUCUAUUGAAACCGGUCGUCUGUACAAUAAAGCAAGUAGGGCGCCAAGUGUUAUUUUUGUUGAAUAAUAAAAGACUAAUAAAAGAAUAAAUAUCAAACCAAAAAUUGCUCUCUUCAAACUGUAAAUUGGAAAUGAUCCUGAUAGAAUAUUCAGCGUGUUAAGGAUUUCCCUGAUGUACUGUUAGCUCUAUACAAGAGAGGAGGUGCGAUUCUUUUUUAAUUUCCGCUUCGCUGACACCGCUUGAGUAGAAAUCUCUAUUUUAUUUUAGUCGUUUUCGUCGACAAAACGAAUAGCAAUAUCGCUCUCCGCGUCUUCCGCCAUUUUUUCAACGUUAAUUCGUGAAGGGCGCGUGGCUCUGAGCGUGGAUCAUCCACGCGGAACCCAUUCGCGCUAUGUGAUUGGCUGUUGUCUAAUCCCCCUUGGGAUCUGUGGUCUUAAAAAUAACUCGAUACGAAUUACCUAUGGAAUAGGGUGUGUAUGGGGGAUGCCUUCUCUGUCCCCUUUAUCCUCUCUAGGCAAGAACCUAAUGGACAAUAGUCAGCCUUUUAUAAUGGCUUCAGUAUAAAACAUAACAGCCCACCAAAUAAAAAAUACCGUCGGUUGCAUCUAAGCGUGGACACGAGACCACAAAACAUUUUCUAAUAGAGCUUUAGACAUGAAGUGUUUUGCCGCCAAACGUCUUAAGUUAGACGGCCAUAAGUUCAACCAUUGAAGUAUUCACUUGUUCCAAAGUAAUCAACUCUUUCAAGCGAUAGAAUUCGUGGACCUACCCGUUCCGGAAAAGCUCUACACUUUUCACUUUAAUCUUCCCUGCAUGGCUUUCGUCACGCCAAGAUACUUAUCCCUAGUUUCCACGGUCUCUGAUAGGAACGCCUGGGACCAUGACUGACGAUUUGAGGCCCACACACGAAAAAAAAGAAACGCUUGCAUUUUCUGAGUCUCGCCACUAAAGCAAGCGAGACUAAUAAGCUACUGUUCGUACUUCACCUUGACCUUGCUGGGUCCCUGGGUGAGCAAGACGGUUCAAAAGUCUUAAGCGAUUCUGGCCUUACUUAAUGGCUUUUAGAAGCUGCAUCUCGAUUUGUAAGCAUCUUAAUAAAUAGCAAACACGGCGAAGCCGGCUUAAAACUCUAGCUUAAAUCUACAAGGUUUUUUACAAUGUUUUCUUCAGGUAUCAGGAUUUUGAGAGACACGUCACUCUCAAUACAUUUCUUCGUGAAAAAAAAAUGUUUAAAUGUUUCAUUGAAUUAUAUUUCUUACCUUGAUUGUUUGGCAAGAUCCCUUUCUUAUGGCUUUGUCGGUUGUUUUCAGUCGUACAUGAACAUUGCAUGCAGGAGUGCUCAAAAUGCUACGUGAAUCACAUGGUUUAGAUUACGAUGUUUUACAAGUAAAAUGCAAGCGAGAUGAUCCUGAGACCUCUUCCUACUAAGUGUGUCGAUUUUUUAUAUAAAUAUAUAUUGUUUAUUUCGAAGCGUAACUCUAUAGACCCCUUUACGGUUGUGAGGGCCUGCUGGGUAAUCAGGACAAGAUGGUGGAAAAAUCAAAAGUUUGUAUGAGAAUGCAAAGUCAUGUAAUUCUUGCCAAUUGAAUAUGUUUGUCACUUUCCCUUUGAAAAAUGUAACUAAUGAGCUUAACGAAACUACACAUUAAGUGUGGAGGCAUAGCAGUCCUUUGUUGCUUUUUAGAAAACCUGAGUUCUUCCAUACUUUUUGUGCAAUCGGACAACACAAGAAUUACAAAUAAUGUAUGUAAGACGUAAAAUUUUCUAAAAAGCGACAAAGGACUGCUAUGCACUCCACAUUUAGUGUAUAGUUUCUUUAAGUUCGUUAGUUCAAGUUUACAAAGAGAAAGUGACGAAUAUAUUCAAAAGGAAGAAUAAGUUGACUUUGAAUUCUCAUACAAACUUUUGAAUUUCCCGCCAUCUUGUCCUGAUAACUCAGCAUGCCCUCACAACCGUAAAAGGGUCUAUUACCGGGUACUGUUCAUUCAAAGAUCGAGAGCUCGCACUGAAAGUUUGGCGCUUCUCAAAAUUCAGAAUUGGCCACAUGGGUGAUUUUGGAAAUUAAAAUGAUAAAGAUUAUUUUUGGAAGUGUUUGCUCAAGGCCCACUAUUACCCCGCAUACUACAUAAUGACAGAUUGACCUGACUGAACAGUCCCGUCUAAUAGUGAAUUCUCUACAUAUAAAAACAUUUUAUGUUGUUGUCAGUUUUAUAAUUUGUUGUGCAAGGGAAGCUCGUGCUUCGAUCGUCCUGAAUAUUGAAUGAGUCCAAUUUGUCUUGUAAAAUUAUUCUGUGAAAAACUGCAGAAUUAUAAGUAGAAUAGGGCAAAAAAUGACAAUCUCCGAGGUUUAAACGAUAAUUAAAAAUUAAACAAAGUCUGAUAGUUCUUUUUACCUCAGAGAUGAUUCAAAAAGGCUGGUUUACGAGCUACCAGAUCUGUAAAGUAAACUCGUAGUGAGCCACACCAAAAAAAUCCGGCCUGAAUUUUCAUUUUGGUCUUCUUCCUUUAGACAGAAAGAUACAACCAAUAAGUUAUAACGUGUAAAUUGGCUGCCACCGACGGCUAUCGUGUCUUAACGGCCUUUAUAGCAUAAAAUUAUAUUUCGGGACUGUCCAAUUACCGUUAUGAAAUAAAGGUGGUGUAGGUGGGCAAAUAGGUUAUUUUGCUUGAGAGGAAUUUAUUUUACAACCCUAAUCUACUGUGAUCAAGGGCGAUUGCUGUGUUUUGGGUCUACAUAUAAGAAUAUUAACUCGAUGUAAGAUUUUACAUGUUCUUUUAUGCUUGCACUGUUUGCAAAUUAUUUUUUCUCUUAAUCACCCAGCCACACCCUUUAAAGUCACAUGGAUCUCUCCAGUUAACUGAUAUGUGGAUAAAUUAUAAAUUUACAUUUAAAUUAUAAAUUUAUGAACUGGAGCUACGCUUUUAGCCCUGACUAAAUCUCUCUAUAUACAAAAAAUCAAUAUAUAUAGAUAUAUAUAUAUAUAUCAUUUUGUUUAUCGAAGGAUUAUCAAAUACUUUCGUUCAGGAAACUUAGCUUUAUUCGGCUAUGUCCUCUUUUGUUUUCGCCUUCGUUUUUCUUCUGUUUAGGAACUAUUAAAUGAGAAGCUGGAAUCAUGGAAAACCAGAAAUGACGAGUUAACAAGAGGAUUCUGUAACAGCUUACUAAUUCAGCUGAAAGAGAAACGUCUUGAUCCACUCCUUCGACGACUACAGGGGAAAGAAGCGGCCAAAAUAUCUUUCGAUGAAAUCAUUGGUGGAUACAAUCAGAUAAAGGAGGAUUACCACAAUUCUGCUAUAGGAGCCAAAGAUGUUAUUGCCGCGGUUUUCUACGAAUUUCACCUGGUACGAUUAAACGUUGAAAAUUGUCCAUUUUUUCGAAUUAUGUAAUGUGACCGCCUAUUUGCUAAGUUAGAUCAGUUCUGGUUCGUCAAAGUUAAAACUGAAACAGACAUCCGUUGGUCUUUAUCAUCUGAGAACCCCCUCCUAGUAGCAACUUAAGACGUUCACCGGAUUAAACUACUGGCCCCAGUUCCUGAAAAGCCGAUUAAUCUAUCUUCCGGUUAGCAGUUAAUCCACGAUUAAAUUUCUUAUUCCACGGAUAACUAAUCGUGGGUUAAAAAGUUGUUCCUAAAAGCGAAAUUAUCCCGCGAUUAACUUAUCCCAGAUUAGUGCAAAAAAAAAAAAAAACAGUUUAACGAGUUUUUCGACAGCCUGCUUCUAAAAAAACUUUUUUCCCCGAUUAGUGAGUUGAUCGUCCUCGCUAGGUUUGUUAAAUUUAACACGUAGUUUAUUCCUAGGUUAGUCUUAAUUGUGCUUUCAGGAACAGAAUCUAAUCGUGGGAUAAGAUUUAUUCCGCGAUAAGCGAUAUUUAAUCCUGGAUUAGCGAUAAUCGGCUUUCCAGAAACCCGGGCCUGGGCUGUUAUUCCUCUCAGUGAAUUUGUGCUCGUUUUUGUUUGUUUGCAGGCCGUUUUGGAAGAACAAGAGCAAUACUUGAGUUUGCUAAGACAACUCAAAGACUAUGAUAAGGAACUA